ACAGCUUUCGAAUGUGGGAGGAGACCUUCAGGCGCCCGUAUUGUGGGUGGAGAAGAAGCAGUCCCAAAUUCGUGGCCAUGGCAAUUGUCAUUGCGUGUAUACGGACGUCACAACUGCGGAGCCUCUCUCGUUGAUCCUUACUGGGCUGUAACCGCUGGUCACUGUGUUAAAGGAAACUCAAACCCGCACGUUUACUCCGUUUUGGCAGGGGCACACUUCCGUUAUAGCGGCGGCAUAGAGUACAAGAUCUCCAAGGUGAUCCUACAUCCUAACUACCAUUCUAAUAUUAUGAAUGACAUUGCCUUGCUGAAACUGUCAAGUCCAGCUGCAUUAAACCAAAAAGUUGGGCUCAUUUGUCUUCCAAGACAAGGGAAUAGAGUUCCUAGAGGAAAGAUGUGCUGGAUGACAGGGUGGGGACGCUACUCGCCAAACAGUAAUGCUGGAUCUGACAGACUCAAACAAACCUUCGUCCCGAUCGCCGACCACCAGACAUGUCGCAGGGUCAAUGGUGGUUCAGUCAAGGAAAAUAGCAUGGUCUGUGCAGGUGGUAAAGGAACGAGUGUUUGUAAUGGUGAGAGCGGUGGACCGUUAUCGUGCGAGGAGAAUGGUAGAUGGGUGUUACGUGGUGCAGCCUCGUGGGUAACUGAUCGAAGCUGCCCUAGAAAUACGUACUCUGUGUAYGCUAGAGUUAGCGAGUUUAUUGACUGGAUAACAAGAACCAUACAAGCAAAUGGCGGUGGAGGUGGUGGUGGUAGCGGCGGCGGCAUUGGAUCAAGUUGUUCUGAUAGCAAUCAGCAUUGCCCUGAAUGGGCGAAUGCAGGCCACUGCAGGAAAUCACAUGUCCAAACGACUUGCCGAAAAAGCUGUGGGAAGUGUUCAGGCGGUGGUGGAGGUGGUGGUUGCGUUGAUAACAAUAGGGAUUGUAACAAGUGGGGCUACCUAUGUAACACAAAUGACUAUGUGAUUAAUAACUGCAAGAAAACCUGUGGGACCUGCUAAUGAACUAUAACAUGGUUUACCUCACUGGUACUAUAUAAACGAAACAUGGUUCUAUUUGUCAUUGAUUCGCUGAUAAUUUGGAAUGGGAUAUCAAAAAAUCAAUAAAAGAUCUUAAGAUUUCA